CUAAUUUUCAGAAAUGUUCUUCACAGCUAGAUUCACUUGCUGUUACAAUCCAGCCUGAUCCACUUACUGUUAUGAAUCAGUCUAAUUCAUCUGCUGCAGGAUAUUUUAAUAUUUCUGGAUCAUUGUCGGAGACCGUUAUUGAUAAUAAUACCUUACUUGUUAUUGGAUUUGGAAAAGAUACUGGAGAAAGUCUGUUAGCAACACCGUAUGCUGUUUUAGCAUGUCACGAAAAUAUUAAACCUCCUUGCCCAAUUGAUAGCAGAGUUAAUUUUAAUAUGGAACAAGUUCCAGUUCCGAUACUAACAGAUUUAGUUUCUAUACGUACAUAUGCAAUAAUCAUGAGUAUUGGGAAAAUAGUAAAUGAAACAUUGGAUGUCCAUGCCUGUUCAUAUGCUAAUUACACACAAAUUGAUUUUUGA